UCCUCCUCAUUGCGGCCUUCUCUCUGCCCUCUUCCUCUCGUCUGCCUGCUUCCACCCCUCUUCCUGCCCUCCUUUCGGUGCCGCAUCCUUUUUCUCAUUUCUCCGUUUCUGUUGCUUCUCUCUCCCUUCCCCUCCCCGGGGGGUUGCGCUCCCUCCGUUCUUUUCCGGCAAUUUUCUGCAGGAGUUAGCACGCCCUCAGCGAUUUCAAGUUAUGGAGGCGAUGGCUCCUGAUGAGACGGAGCAAGGUCAUCGGCGAAGGAGUGAGGGGGAGGAUCUAGAGGAUGCGGUGCAAGACCAGAUUCGAGCGACGGAACAGGAGAUAAGAGCGAAGGAAGAGGAGAUAAAAGCGAAGGAAGAGGAGAUCAGAGCGAAGGAAGAGGAGGUCAGAGCGAAGGAAGAGGAGAUCAGAGCGAAGGAAGAGGAGAUUAGAGCGAAGGAAGAGGGGAUAAGAGCGGUGGAAACGGAGAUUGGUACUGCUUCGGGAGAUAAAGCGAGAAAGCCUCUUGAAGCGAAGCUGCAGUUCCUACGGCAACAGAUUAGCCGCAUUGGGCAACACAUUAGCAGCCGCAAUCAACAGAUAGUCAGUCUUGGGCAACAGAUUAGCAGCUUCCGGCAAGAAGUGAGCAGUCUUCGGUCUGUGCAAGCAGCGGCGGCAUCGUCAGAUAAAUGCACAGAGUUUGAUUGGCUACGUCAGGACUUGCCGUCGUGGGUCUCAGGGAACUCCAAGCCUCCAAGCGCCACGCAGAAGGAGCGGAUGUAUACGCCUGUGAGAGUGGAGUAUUGGGAUGUGGUGAAAGACAUCGAAGACUAUCUGAACAAGGCGGAUAAGUUGAAGCGUAUAUAUCGGAAAGUGGAUGACUCUGUAUUCACUGCAGGAAAGAAAAGUGUGGUAGCCAUCGCUUAUUUUGUCGUGAACAGCACCUGCGAAUUCGUUAGUAAGAAGCGACCAGAUUCCUCGGUAACAUACGACGGGGAAGUGAACCUUGAAGUGCCACCAGAACCCUCAGCAGAGGGAGGAGAGUCGACGAACACAGACGGAUCAAAGGCCGCGGGCAGAGACGUUCAAAAGUGUUUCUUUUAUGCCAGACCUCCUCGUGUGGAUGUGUUCAUUCGAUCCAACGGUGAGGCCGUUGCUGUUCUUGAGCUCAAGAGUGGAGGUCUGGGAUGUCCCGUGCCGAUCCACAAACUGUGGACAAGAUGCUCAUGUCAGACAGGAAUCGACCCCAACUGCUGGUGCCAUACUAACAUCUCGGAAGGACAUGCCAGGAGUAUUCUCAACUGCAGUCUCCAGGUUUACGAAUACCUGGUUUUGGCGAAGGUUGGGUAUGGCGUUCUCACCGAUAUCCAGAACUGGUAUCUCUGCAAAAGGGAUCAUGGUGGCUGCCUCUAUAUUUCAACAGGUUUCAAGUUGGAUGGCCGGAAACCGCCUGUACCUGCUGCAAUUGCUUAUUUGGUCAAUUCUGCUGUUGAAGCCCACGGUGAGUUUGAUGUUUUACCCAGGAAGGGUGAGCGUCCCUGGAGCUGGGAGGUUUCCCCUUGUGCCAAUCCCAGUAGCGGCUCUAAAGAUGAUGAAGACGAGGGUAGGACCUACAAACCAAACGAGCGCGAAAUUGGUGGUUACAGAACGUCUCCAGCUAGGACUCGAAGGGGAUCCUCAAACGCGACACAGAACCAAUUGCAGGAGAUUCCUGCGCCGGACCUGCAUCUGGACGACCGCCCCAUCAGCAGCGGGGGAUGGAGCGGCUCCGUGGUUGGCGGCACUUUGAAUGGUCGUCGUGUUGCAGUGAAGUUGGCUCCCCGCAAUUCGGAACGUGCGGAGGCUCUGCUGAACGAGGUGGACGCCUACCUAAAGCUGCAGAAGUAUUGGGGGGAAUUCGUGCCCCCAUUAGUAGGAUUUGGAACCACAGCCAAUGGCCAAAUUGUUUUCAUAGCGACAGAGUUGAUCGAUGGCAGUCCACUCGGACCUGGAACAGUGACCGAGGAGGUGGCCAAUGCGGCACGUAAGGGGCUUGAUGCUGUCCACAAGUGUAAGUUACUUCAUGGGGAUGUUGAGGCGCGGAACAUUAUGGUUGUGCGGGGUACACAGCCUUCUGUCCGCCUUGUUGAUUUCGGCUUUGCGAAGCGCAGCAACAAUAAGGAGUCGCAGAGGGAAGAGCGCGGGAGAUUGGAGGACCUUUUGCAAGAUAUGAUGAGAGUUCGGGUGGGGAAAGCGUUUGAUGACGUAAGAUAUCCUCGUACGCAGCUUUGUUCAGUAUAGUGUAACCACCUUUUCAAGCGACUCUGACGAGGGAGACUUAUCGUUGCCUGCCCUCCAAAAACUUUCGCUCCCCUCGCUCCCUCCCUCUCAGUUUUUCAACUGCUCCCAGGGCCGCCUCUCCUUGUCUUCUUUGUGUCCGCUUCUCCUCUCUCCAAGCUGUCAAAUUGGCUGCCGCCUUAAUGGCGGCCGCCAAAUUUCACAAGAUUCCUUUACGGAAACCUUUCAAAACAUUUUAAAUCGGAACUUAAAAGUUCAAUUACACCUUUAUUACCCCCCCUCC